AUGGAGGGAAAAGGAUGUUUUAGCAAUUUUUUCGAGAGAGCUAAGCCAUACAUAGCCAUGAUUUCUCUGCAAUUUGGCUAUGCGGGAAUGAAUAUCAUAACCAAAGUGUCCCUCAACAGAGGAAUGAGUCACUACGUCCUAGUUGUCUAUAGACAUGCUUUUGCUACUGCAGUCAUCGCCCCCUUCGCUAUUGUCCUUGAGAGGAUGGAGAAGCUUGACAUGAAGAAGGUAAGGUGCCAAGCAAAGGUGGUGGGAACUGUAGUGACAGUGGCUGGAGCCAUGUUGAUGACACUAUACAAGGGCAACGUCCUUAAUAUGGUCUGGUCCGAGCAUAUCCAUCCUCGUAAAUCCUAUGUUCCUGACACCGCUGGAGCCACUGACAAGGACUGGUUGAAAGGCUCGAUUCUCCUCAUCAUUGCCACCUUUGCCUGGGCUUCAUUCUUCAUCCUUCAGGGUAUAGUGUCAUCAAGCAUUGCAUAUUAUGUCCAAGGUUUGGUAAUGCAGAAAAGAGGGCCAGUUUUUGUGACUGCUUUUAGUCCUUUGAUGAUGAUCAUCGUGGCGAUCAUGGGCUCUUUCAUCCUUGCUGAAAAGAUCUAUGUUGGAGGUGUUCUCGGUGCUGUACUAAUCGUUGCCGGACUUUACUCUGUCUUAUGGGGCAAGUACAAGGAAUACAAAGAGAAGGAAGCUGAGAUGAUUCCUGAACCAAUAAAGGACAGUACCGGAAACAACCGAGCUGUAAUGGUGAUUGAAGAUGUUGAAGAAAAUGACAUUGAGAUGCAGAAAAACCAAGCGAACAAGGUCUCUGUCCUUGCUGUUGCUAUUAGUGCUCCAAUUCCACAACCCCCCAUGAUAGCUAUAGAAGCUCCAAAAGUCUGA